GCAGCAGCAGCUGAGGGGCUGAUACAGCGGGACUGGCUGGGACUCGUUCUGAGGCGUGAAUUGGACAGCUAACGCUACCGGAAGCCUGGGCACCGUCUUCCUGGCUGAAAACAAAAACACCAUAGAGAGCUGAAAUCAGCCACAAUCACAAGCUCAACAUGUACCUGACAGCUGAGAAACGUCCAGUGACUCGCCUCCGUCGAGUGUAGCUCCCCCAGCCGCCGCAGAACCUAUACGGCGGCACAUCGUCGCGCGCUGGAGCCACGGGAAUCUUUGUUGGCAUUUUUUCAUGGGAAAAAGCCGGGCUCCACCUCUGCGCUGUCGUUGUUUUACCGCCGUGACAACACUCCCUUUGGCUGGUAUUGACUGGCCACCGAGGUGCCUGCAUCUUAUGGACACCGAGCUGUAGUUAUUCUGCUUUUUGACGGUCGGUCCCUGUUUGUCGGACGCGGCAGUCAUGUUUGCUGUGCGCAUCGUCACCGCAGACUUCUAUCUGGCGAGUCCCAUUAAAGACCUGGACGUCUGCUAUUCUGAAUUCAGGGAGAGCGUCGUAAAGAAAGUGCCGGUGGUGCGGAUAUUUGGAGCUACGCCUGCAGGCCAGAAAACGUGCCUCCACCUCCACGGAGUGUUCCCCUACAUCUACGUGCCGUACGAUGGCUACGGCCAGCAGCCGGAGCGCUACCUGCGGCAGGUGGCCUUCAGCAUCGACAGGGCCCUGAACGUUGCCAUGGGAAACCCCGCUUCCUCCGACCAGCAUGUCUUCAAGGUGGUGCUGGUCUCUGGCAUGCCUUUCUAUGGUUACCACAGUAAGGAGAAGCGCUUUAUGAAGAUCUACCUGUACAAUCCUCGCAUGGUCAAACGGGUGUGUGAGCUGUUACAGAGUGGAGCCGUGAUGAACAAGAUGUAUCAGCCCCACGAGGGCCACAUCCCCUACCUUCUGCAGCUCUUCAUAGACUUCAACCUGUACGGCAUGAACCUGCUGAACCUGGGGGCUGUCAAGUUCCGCUCUUCCCACCCCAAAGGAGACGCAGCAGCAGCCCCACACAGGCACACUCCCAGCAUCAGCCUUCUGAAGAGCCCCUGCACCGCCAAGCUCAAUGACAGCACCCUGGGGGGCACUUUUGUCCGCUGGGAGGAGAGCGCUCUGCCCUGCUCCCUGAUGUUGGAUGAGGUGGAGAGGCAGAGCACUUGUGAGCUGGAGGUGGAUGCAGUGGCAGUAGAUGUCCUCAACCGCCUGGAAAUUGAAAAUCAGAUCGGCAGGAACCCGGGCCUGCAGGCCAUCUGGGAGGACGAGAAGCAGAGGAGGAGAGAGAAGAACCAGGAGUCCCAGAUGGAAACCCCAGAAUCCCAAGAUCGUGGGUUUGUCACUUCAACAGAGAGCGAGAAAUUCUUCAUGAAGAGAGUCGAGGAGAUUCUGAAGGAGAAUGAUUUUGACGUGGAGGACCAAGAAGACCUUCUCAAUGAAAUGACUCUCCAUUCGGCCCCCCGGACCCCUGAAGCCCUGCCCUGCACCCCAGCUAAUGCUGUGGAGGAGCACAGGCCCUCCCAGCCAGAGCCUGUGAGGAGCAGCAGUAAGGUCCCGGAGGAGGCGGUGGUGGACGAGGAGGCUAUCCUGAGUCUGCUGGAGAACAGCCAGACCUUCCUCCCGCUCUCCCAGACAUCCAGCCACUCGCCCCUGUUAGACAGCAGCCAGGACCAAGCCUUCAUCGAGCUGCUGGCAGGACUGGAGAACGACGGCUUCUGCAGGACCCCCGUCAGACAGAACCCCCAGUCCCAGUCACUCCCUGGUGCCAGAAGCUACGACUGCAACAGUGAUGAAGAGGAGGCAGAGCCUGAGAUGGAGAAGGACGAGGCCGAGCUCAGCGUGAUAAUGUCCCAGCGGUGGGACAACGAGCCUCCCGACCACUCUCCCACACCAAGACACGGAGUGAGGGAGCCAGAGGAGGGCUUCAGUGACGAGCAGCACGAGUCCUCUGAUGAAGACAUGGACUGGAGCGGGAACAAUUCCCUGUUCGCCAACCUGUCCAUCCCCCAGCUGGACGGGGCCGCAGACGAGAGCAGCGAUUCCUCUCUAACGGACAGCGGCUCCAGGACUCAGUCUUCUCAUAUCGUCACAGAGAAUAUGCUGGGGAAAAGGAAUCCCUUCUCUGGGGAUAAGGGUUGCCUGGAGCCACCUUCUUCAGCUAAGAUCCUUCUUGAGUGCAAGCACCCCGAGCACAGACCAAUUCUUGUGCUGGACACAGAGCAACCACUUGAUAAGCACUUUCAAUCAAAAAGCACCCAGGACAGCAUCAGUGAAUGUUCAACAGGAUUCAAGUUUAAUAAAGAAAUACCCUACAUCCUGCCAGUCAAACAUCCCAUCCCCUGCAAGUUACCCAAUAACCCUGAGGUGUCUCCCAUCUUCCUAGACAAACAGGACAUGCUACCACUAUACACCUAUGACAAGAAAACCUCCUUAGCUUUGGAUAAGACGGACCUAGAAAGUUUCCCGUAUGGUAACGGAAAGGUCACCAAAAAUGGGAAGAUGUAUGGCAGCAUAAAGAAUGUAGAAACAAACUGCCUGUCCAUUCUUCAGAACCACAGGACCUUCUCUCUCUGUUACUCAGAGCUGAGAAACUGCUCAACUAAGACAGAGCUAGAACUGAGCCAGAAGGACGGUAAAAGCCCAGUCCUGAGGAACAUCUCUUCAACCCCUUUACCUUUGGUAGAAGAGGAGUUUCUUGGCCCUCAGGGGGAAGAAAUGUGCCAGGACAGUGAGGAAGGAGAUGUUGGUGAACUCAAAAUCAGGUACGAGGACUAUCAAGAAAAUAAGACUGAGAGGACUAUAGUAGCCCAGCAGGAAGCUCACUACAAGUUCUUCCCCAGUGUCAUCCUCUCCAACUGCCUCAGUAGGAAAAAAGCUGGGAGCAAAAAGAUGGCCGAUCCCUGUAGCAUGCUUGAACAGGCCGAGCCUCGCAGAUCUAAGCUUAAAGUGUAUAAAAAAAGGUUAGGAAUGGCAGCACAGAGAAAUAUAUUAAACAUAGUUGAAGCCUCUGAAAACACUUCCUCAGACAGCGAGGUUAGCACUGCCCUCACCCCAACCACACCUGCUUGUCCGGUGACAUCGGACACAGAGAUGCCAGUUUUGGAGGAUAAGUCAAUACAAAAGCCUGAGCCAAUUAAAGAUGGGCUAGUCACAAAGGUGGAGCCAAUCACAAGGGAGGAGCCAGAAAGUGGGGAGAGAUCAGUAAAUGAACAAUCGCAACCAUUUUCAGAAUCCCAUGCCACCACUGUUUCCAGUUUUUCUGAAGAAGCUAAAAACUCAGAAGAGAACAGGUUCAGCCCAUUGCACAAUUUAUCAGCGAUGAUCACCUGUACUAAAUCUUCAGCACUGCCUGGUAGUAAAUACACCCUAAGGACCAAGCGGAAGAUGAUCUUUGACGGCGAAGAUGGAGAAUAUUCCGGUGCCCCUCGUUCUAAAAAUCCAGCCUCCGUCAAAGAACGGAUCAAGGACAAUGUCCCUGAUGGGCAAGAGGUAAGACACCAGAAACGACCUAAGAAGGAACCCCCUAUCAUCAUCAAGUACAUUAUUAUCAACAGGUUCAAAGGACUGAAGAACAUGCUGGUGAAGAUGUCCAAAGUGAAGGCAGAGGAGCAGUUGGUUUUGCUUACGCCAGACAAGCUGGAGCAGUACAAUAAACUAGCCCCUCUUAAGGAUUUCUGGCCCAAGGUGCCAGAAUCCACUGCCAUCAAGUUUCCUGUCACUGAGCAAAAGGCCAAAAAACUACCCAAAAGAAAAGCAAAGGGCAACUCCACAAACAAGAAAUCAGUCCUCAGUCCUCACUCCUCCAAGCCUUUGGUCAAACAGGGUGAAAGGGUCAAAAGGACUAAAGGCUAUAAGAGAGGUCCAAUUCUACCCUCUCUACCGCCGCCUCAGCCAUGUUACUCUGAGCUAGUAGAUGACCAGGAAAUGAGGUAUAAUGACGUCAUGGUAGAGUUAGGGUACCUAUCUGAUAGAUCCCCAAGCCCUACAAACGUUACACCCCCUCGUUGUUGGUCCCCUAGUGACCCUCUAAUGGACAACAGGAGUUCUGAACAUCUGAUAAACCCACUCAUUGACCCAUGUCUUAGUUUGGCUUUUCCCAAGCCACACACAGUAUCUUCAACCAAAGGAGCACAACAAAAGUUUCAAACUGCCAAACCUAAGAAAUCUGUGCACACUAAAAGCAAAGUAAGCAAGUUUGUAACCAAGCCUCAGGAGGAACCCAAAAAAUCCAGACAAAGGAGUACUGCUGCUCCAAAGCAGAGGAAGCAAACUAAAGACACAGCUGAAGGCACUGUUGGCAGUUCUACAAACACCACAAGACCUACAAAGUCUCGCAAAAAGAAGAUGGAGGAACCCAAAAGCCAUGACUCAAGUAAAGACAGCUCCCAUGUGCUUUUUCCAAAAGAUGAGCUACCUCCUUCUGAGAGUUCAUCUCAAGAAGUCCCUUCCUUUCAGCAGCCAGUAAGCACAGAUGGCAACAUUCAGGGCACGUCUCACCCAACAUCAAUAACAGACCCUAACUCUGCAGGCCAGUCUAUAGAACCAAAGGUUGAAGACUGCGAGACUUCCAUCAUGGAGAUCAACCAAAGCAUUCCAGCCCCGGCUCAGCUGAAGCAGCAAGGCUGCCAGACCACUGUGGUAAAGGCAGAGGCUUCACAAGAGGAGAGCAUGGCUCCUCCACCUCCUCUGGCUGGGAGUCCUUUACUAGAAGACAGUAAAGACUCCCAGCUUUCGCCAGCUACCCCCCACUCAAGCCCUAAGAAUGGCACGAUCCCCCCUCUUUCUGAGACACCCUCUGGCUUGGCUGUCCUCAAGCAGCUUCUCCAGAGAAGGCAGCUGGGGCAGGCUCUUCCCAUUCAGGUGGUUGGUGCAGACAGUAACCCCACUGCCAUGGCUCAGGCCACAGCACUUCUAGAUCCCUCAGCUAAACCAGCCAAACCCAGGAAAGCUCCCACCACAACUCCACGGAAACCCAGGGCCCCAAAAUCUACCACUCCCAAGGAUAAAAAACCCAGAAUCAGGAAAGGCAAGGCAAGCAGCACGCAGCCAAAUCUCUCAACGAAGCUGGAUGGCAACAUGUCAGAUGAUUGCCCCCUCUUCCUGUCAGACCCAGGCAUGGACAGAUGCAAUUUCAUAGAGGACAGUUUGUCACCAGAGCUCCCACAAAACUAUACCUUUGAUAUAAAUGCCAUUGAUCAGACGGAGUUCUCCAGCCCAUACAGCGGCAGUCAGUUUGUGCUGACUGAUAAACAUUUACCAGUUACGUUUCUGAGUGAUGUCAGCCAGGAAGCAGUGUCUACUCAAGGACUGGGAUUUGAGAAGAAACCUGAUAGACUGUUUGCAUCUGGGGAGGAGCUUCAAAAGGGUUCCGAAUGGCACGAAGCAAGGCCCGUCAGCCCUGACCUCUUUGAUAGAACUGAGAACAGGGAGUCUGUAUCAAAUCACCUCACAUUCCUCGACUCUGAGAAACAUAAGAGCAGGGAGUGGGACUUGUAUUUAGGUAAAGCCAAUACGCUCAGCCCCUUUCAAGACUUUCACUGUGAAAGAAAAGAACUGCUGUUCUCCGUCUUCGACCCUGUCCUACCUCUGCCUUUAAGCUCUGCCUCAUUCGUUGAUCAUGAGGGCUCUCCAACCGGGGAGCUUUUGGAGGGCAGUGAUGGCCUGCCGUCCACCACCCCCAGCAGCUCUCCGAGCUCCAUCAGCUCUGUAUCCCAGGGCAGGGCGGGCCAGCUGCUGCGGGGAGCAGGAGGGGGAGCACACAUUCUAAAGCCCCUCAUGUCCCCUCCAAACCGGGAGGAGAUCGUCAGUACUCUGCUGAACCUGGAGAUGUCGGAGGCCACCUUCCAGGAGCCCUUCUGCAGCGACCCCUCUGAUGCGCCAGGGAAACCAAUGGAGGUCGGCGGCCGUAAGCUAACGGUGCGCACUAGGCUGGCUAAGGAGCUAGCAGAGUUCUGUGGAGAUCUUUCUUUGGAGGGCCUCCAUUUCUGGAAGACAGUCUUCUCAGCCAUGGCGCACCCCCACAUCAAUGUCACUUCAUCUCCCCAUGCCCAGGGAUCUGAGGCCUCAGACACGAGUAAAGAGCAGGCCAAGUAUGACCUGUCCUCCGGCAGCAACAAAAAGGUCAUCCUCCUGCCCUGCAGAAACCCACCAAGCAGAGAGCGUGUGCAACUGUGGCUGGAAGCCAGAAAACAGUAUGAGAGUUUACAAAUAGGGCUGCUGAAGAAUGGGAGGACUGAGCUGGGUGUGGAGGGAAACCCAGCUACCAGCUGUCCAGCAGAGAAGGUCAGGACUCCAAGGAGAAAGAACUGCAACCUGUCCUUAAUCAUAGCACCCAUGAAGAAUAAAGGCAUUCACUGUGAAUCAUCAGAGUUAAGUCUAGUUUCACAUGAAGUGGAUAUUGAUCAGGAGGUCAGCCAAAGAAAUGCUGACGAUGAUGAUAAAAGCACGUGUCUAGAAUCCCCAGAGCUGCAUCCCUGGCAGCAGUCUGCUCAGCCCAGCCCCUUAGGGCCACACCAGCUCAGUGAAGACUGUCUGGAAGCACUGUCACCAAGGCUCUGUAACUCCAUGGAGAAUCUCAGUAACAGAGAAGAGGGGAGUACCCACCUCCUUCACAGCACCCCAUUUUUAAGACGGAGGCGGAGAAGCAAGGAGGACCUGGAGCCAAUUUGCAGCACGCCCAAAUCUGAGGAGGACCCCGUUUCUCAGAGACUCCAGCAGCGAAGGAGAAGUCAUGCAGACCCUCUGAAAAGAGUGCUUCUGACCACACAGAUGAAGAAUCAGUUUGCUGCUUUGAAUGUGCCAAAGAAAGAUACCUCUCAGAUUGAAGGACCCAGCAUAGCCAACUCGUACGGCUUCAAAAUCAGCAUGCAGAACCUCCAGGAGGCCAAAGCUCUGCACGAGGUCCAGCACCUGACACUGAUGGGCAUGGAGCUCCAUGCAAGAACUCGGCGGGACCUUGAGCCUGACCCCGAGUUUGACCCCAUAUGUGCCUUAUUCUACUGCCUCAGUUCGGAUGCUCCCCUGCCAAAUGUAGACAGCAGCCAGCUGACGGGAGCCAUCGUGGUGGACAGAGACCAUGAGAGCUGUGACCCAGGUCACAGAGCGACGGCGCCCCUGCUGGUCAGGUCGGGGGUCUCUGGGCUGCAGGUGAAAUACGCCACAGAUGAGAAGGUGCUGUUUCAGGAGCUCAUCACCGUCUUCAGGAGGUUUGACCCGGACGUCCUGGUGGGCUACGAGGUGCAGAUGCGCUCCUGGGGCUACCUCCUGCAGCGGGCCGCAGCGCUCGGAGUCAAUCUGUGUCAGCAGCUGUCCCGAGUGCCAGGUGACUCCAAGGAGAACCGCUUUGCUGCAGAGAGAGAUGAGUAUGGAGCCGACACCAUGACUGAGAUCAACAUCAUCGGACGCAUCACCCUCAACCUGUGGAGGGUGAUGAAGACUGAGGCGGCGUUGAACAACUACACUUUUGAGAACGUGGCCUUCCAUUUCCUCCACCAGCGCUUCCCCCUGUACACCCCCCGCACACUGUCCGAUUGGUUCGACCACAACACACACCUCUACAGGUGGAAGGCGGUGGACCACUAUGUGAGCCGGGUCCGGGGCACCAUGCAGCUCCUCCAGCAGCAGGAUGUCAUCGGCAGAACCAGCGAGCUGGCCCGGGUGUUUGGGAUUCAGUUCUUACACGUUCUGACCCGAGGAUCUCAGUACCGUGUUGAGUCCAUGAUGCUCCGUGUGGCCAAGCCCUUGAACUACAUCCCUGUGACCCCCAGUGUCCAGCAGCGGGCCCAGCAGAGGGCCCCUCAGUGCAUCCCCCUGGUGAUGGAGCCCGAGUCGCGCUUCUACAGCAACUCAGUGGUGGUGCUGGACUUCCAGUCUCUCUAUCCUUCCAUCGUCAUAGCGUACAACUACUGCUACUCCACCUGCCUGGGCCACGUGGACAGCCUGGGAACGCCCGAUGAGUUCAAGUUUGGCUGCACCUCCCUGCGAGUUCCCCCUGACCUCCUCUACCAGCUGCGCAAUGACAUCACCGUGUCCCCCAACGGCAUCGUCUUCAUCAAGUCCUCAGUGCGUAGAGGCAUCAUGCCCAGCAUGCUGGAGGAAAUCCUGAACACCAGGAUCAUGGUGAAGCAGUCCAUGAAGACGUACAAGCAGGACAAAGCCCUGAUGAAGCUGCUGCACGCCCGCCAGCUGGGCCUCAAGCUCAUCGCCAACGUGACCUUCGGAUAUGCCGCCGCCAACUACUCUGGACGCAUGCCCUGCGUGGAGGUGGGAGACAGUAUCGUCCACAAAGCCAGAGAGACCCUGGAGAGAGCCAUCAAGAUGGUCAAUGACACCAAGAAAUGGGGCGCGCGUGUUGUGUACGGAGACACGGACAGCCUGUUUGUUCUGCUGAAGGGAGCCACCAAAGAGCAGGCUUUCAAGAUUGGCAACGAGAUCGCUGAGGCAGUGACCGCAACCAACCCCAAGCCUGUCAAGCUCAAGUUUGAGAAGGUGUACCUUCCCUGCGUGUUGCAGACAAAGAAGCGUUAUGUGGGCUACAUGUAUGAAAGCCUGGACCAAAAGGAGCCUGUGUUUGAUGCCAAAGGGAUCGAGACAGUGCGCCGCGACGGCUGCCCUGCUGUUUCCAAGGUUCUGGAGCGUUCCAUCAAGCUGCUGUUUGAGAGCCGGGACAUCAGCCAGGUGAAGCGGUUUGUGCAGCAUCAGUGCAUGAAGGUUCUGGACGGCCGGGCCAGCAUGCAGGACCUGACCUUCGCCAAGGAGUACCGGGGCAGCAGCUCGUACCGGCCCGGAGCCUGCGUCCCCGCCCUGGAGCUCAGCAGGCGCAUGAUGGCGUACGACCGGCGCCUGGAGCCCCGUGUGAGUGAGCGCGUUCCCUACGUCAUCGUGUACGGGAUGCCCGGCCUGCCCCUCAUCCAGCUGGUGCGCCGGCCGGUGGAGGUGCUGCAGGACCCCGGCCUCCGCCUCAAUGCCACCUACUACAUCACCAAGCAGAUCCUGCCCCCACUGGCCCGCAUGUUCCAGCUGAUCGGAGUGGACGUGUUCAGCUGGUACCAGGAGCUGCCCAGGAUCCAGAAGGCUUCCUGCUUCUCGGUGGUGGGGGGAGAUGAGGUUGGGAGGAAGGGGACCAUCUCGCAGUACUUCACCACGCUUCACUGCCCCGUGUGUGACGAGCUGACCCAGCUCGGUGUGUGUUCGCGGUGCCGCGCCGAGCCGCAGCGCGUCGCAGUCACACUCCACCAGGACAUGAGACAAUGGGAGAGACAGCAGGAGCAGCUGCUGAAGGUGUGUAGGAACUGCACUGGCAGUGCUGAGCGGCAGGUGUCCUGUGUGUCCCUGGACUGCCCUGUCCUCUACAAGCUGUCCCGGGUCAACAGACAGAUCUCCAAGGCCCCCUACCUGCGGCAGCUGCUGGAGCAGUUCUGAUUGGCUCCUGAACCUCCCGGCUCCCUGCUCAUUUGGUGCUAUUUGGUGCCCCACCCCUUCCCCAUAUCAGUGUUUAAUUGUCCACUCAGUUGUAAAGGUUUCAUUGAACCCUGGUGGGUCUUCAUGUGUCUUGUGACUGUUGUUCGUUUGACUGUGUAUCUGCAUAAGCUGCUGCGAGUGAAGCUGAUCCUGGAUCUGAUGCACAAUGACCUGUUGUGUCUCGUAGCAAUGUGAAGGAGCUCCUCACAAAUCUCCAGAAUUCACUACAUUCAGACCACUAAUAGAUUCCCCUUCAUAUUGUAUGGACUGCAGUCUCUCUGUUGGUAGUUCCUGUCGAGCUCUGUCUCUAAUCUCAUAAAGCUCCAUGAAUGCAAUCAAUACUGUUAUUGUGCAUUCUGUUUAAGGAUGCCAUUGUUCAUGAUUGUACUGAUGUUCAUUUUGGCAGAUAUGACACUUUGUACACUACAGUGUAGGAACUGGAAACUAUUUUGGUUUUUCUACGAAUCUGGGACUGUUGCAAUACUGUAUUUUGAUAAUUGAUGUCAUAAAGAGUUUAUGGUUUCCUUGUGCACAUGUGGUUAAGUGAACAUUUUCCAUUUUCUGCGCAAAAGAAUUAAACCAUGUUGAGAUCCAAUCUUCAAUUCUUCAAACAGCCAUACAGGAUCUGUGUAUUUGUAUAAAUGUAAAAAAUAUGAAUGAAGGAGGUGUUUUUUGUUUGUUUUUAAUGGACAUU